CAGUAUCUCAACUCUGGUUGUGAACGGGGAGGCGGAUUCCUGCAAGGAGGCGUAGGUAACAACAGCCUUGGGAUGCUGGGUGCCACUCCUAAAAGCCAGAGGACCUGAGGAAUCCCCUGUGGAUGUGGAGAAAAGAGACUAUCCACAACCUGCCUGCUGGACUUCUCCAAUAAACUCUCAGCAUGCUUGCUGCCCAUCAGAACAUGGGCACUGUCCUGAACAUGGGAAUCACCCGCUCCCCACCUCGCAACUGGAAAGGAAUUGGGAUUUCCAUGCUGGUGGUGGCCAUGUUGGCUUCAGUGAUCAUUGUGGUUAUCCUGCUGCUCACUCCAGAAGACCCUUCACUGGGCUUCCGUACCCCACUGACACUUGCUGACCUGGAAAGUGAUGAAUUCCAACCCCGACAUCCCCAGGUCCAUUGGGUGACAGAUGAUGAACUAGUGGUGUUGAGCGACACAGGAGCAAUGACGAAGUGGCAUGUGAGCCAAAAGAACAGCACCCUGUUGGUGGAAGACAGAGAUCUGCAUUUCCUGAAAGCUUCCAGAUUCCAAACAUCUCCAGAUCUACAGUUCCUGCUUUUGGCUUGUGAUGUACAGCAGGUUUUCCGCUACUCUUCCAUGGCCCGCUACCUAAUCUAUAACGUAGACACCAGGGAAACCAGCUACCUAGAUCUGCGUAAACCAGAUGCAAUGCAUCUACAAUAUGCAGGCUGGGGAGCACAAGACAAUCAGCUGGUGUUUGUUCUGGAUAAUGACAUUUACUACCAGGCUGGUGUCUACAGCCAGGCCAGGCAAAUCACCUCAUCUGGACACCUGGGAGCUGUCUUCAACGGGAUUUCUGACUGGCUCUAUGAAGAGGAGAUCCUGCAUUCAUCCAGUGCACAUUGGUGUUCCCCUGAUGGUGUUUGGCUGGCCUAUCUUAGCAUCAAUGAUUCCAUGGUUCCCAAAAUGGAGCUUCCUCACUUCCUGGGAGGAAACUACCCAACCAGUCGGCACUAUCCAUAUCCCAAGGCUGGCCAGCCCAUCCCAUCUGUUCGGCUCUUUGUGGUAAACCUUUCUGAGGUGCUACACUCACUGGAGCUCCUGCCUCCUGAACCCUUCCAUGGCAGGGAAUAUUACAUCACCAUGGUAAAAUGGGUGGCCCAUUCCCAGCUGGCUGUGCGAUGGUUAAACAGGGCUCAGAAUAUGUCUGUGCUGAACCUAUGUGACGCUGCCACAGGAGCCUGUACUGAAAAAUACAAACUGACAUCAGACACCUGGGUGGAUAUGCAGCAAGGAGUGCCUAUCUUUUCUGAAGAUGCUGAAACCCUGUUUCUGCCAGUGCCAGUAAAGCAAGGAGCCCGGGGAGAAUUCUAUCACAUCACCAUGCUUUCCACACAGACCAGCCGCAAGGAGAGCAGCGUGCGCCUCCUGACCUCUGGGAACUGGGAUGUCACCAGAAUCCUGGCCUAUGAUGAGAACAACAGGCACCUAUAUUUCCUGAGUUCAGAAGAGAGGCCCAGUGCUAGACAUUUGUACAGUGUGGACCUGGACAGCUCCUUCAACCGUACCUGUGUGACCUGCGGCUUGCGCCCUGGCUGCUCCUUUGUAGAUGUCAGUUUCAGCCCCAGGAAGGGCUAUUUUAUACUGUUCUGCAAAGGGCCUGGAAUUCCUCAAGUCUCUGUUCACUGCACAGCUAACCCCCAUGACUUCCUUCUCCUGGAAGAGAACCAAUCUUUGCAAGAUGGCCUUCUGCAUAAGGAGAUGCCAUUAGUGGAAUUCCGGUCCUACCGACUAGCUGGCUAUGAUCUGCCAGUGCGUGUGACUUUGCCACUGCCACACCAGUGCACCUUCUGUCCAUUGCUGCUGAUGCUGCCAGAGGUCCUAGGAGGACAUGAGGCCACUGAGGAGUUCCAUCUUGACUGGGAUACUGUCCUCUCUAGCAGUUUGGGCGCUGUGGUGGUUCAGUUUGAUGGCCGAGGCUCUGGAAACAAAGGGCUCAAGCUCUUGCAUGAGAUCAGUCACCAUUUGGGCUCCUUGGAUAUGAAAGACCAUGUAGCUUUGAUGAAGUGGCUUUUGCAGCUUCCCUAUGUGGAUCAGAGGAGCACAGCAGUCUAUGGAAAGGCCUAUGGAGGCUUUUUGGCACUGAAGCUCCUGGCAGCAGCAGAGGACCUCUUUAAGUGUGGAGCAACAGUGGCACCCAUCACCAGUUUCCGUUUCCAUGCUGCCACCUUUUCUGAACGCUACCUUGGAAUGCCAGCCUGGGAAGAUGCAGCCUAUACGGUGGCCUCUGUCUUAGAGGAAGCUGCCCGCCUCAAGGAUAGAAAAUUCCUGCUUGUGCAUGGAACUGGAGAUGCCACAGUUCAUUUCCAACAUACAGCUGAACUUCUCAUCCAGCUGCUUGCUGCAGGCUCCAACUACACCACUCAGAUCUACCCAGAUGAAGGCCACAUGUUCUUUUUGGAUCACAACCAACGCCACCUUCGCCAGACCCUCUCCUCCUUCUUUCAGAGCUGCUUUGAGGAUCCAAGGAAUCUUCAUCUGCUAGCUGAGGAAGACGAGGACUCAUAGUGAUUUCCAAUACAGAACAACCAGUGCCAAUCUUCCAUGGCUUUUUCUCUGCUGUGCUGACAAGUCUUGGUAGCACUUUGCACAUAUCAGGGCCACCACCCUGUGGGUACUGUGUUAAAGCACACAAUUGGACACUGCUUACAGAAAUAAAGCAUCCAGCACAUCUCCACUUUCAAAUUAAAAAAAAUAAUAACAAGUUUCUAGCCCCUGUUGUUUGCAUACAUGCCGGUGGAAAAUCCCAGAGCCAGAGGAAAUCAGAAUGUCUAAUCAGAAUGUCUAGAGGUCAAGGGAUGUCUGGGAUUUCCCCCCACUUUCACAAUCUGCUCUUUCCAUUCUUUUGUUCAACCAGAUGAGUAGCAGAAACAGAACAAAUUAUAUAACGUAUACACGUUUAUGCGAAUAUACUCACAUUCCUGCUAUCAUGCUGUUGCAAAAUUUAGCUUUUCUGGGCAGGGAGUUAUGGUUCGCUUGUUCAAGAUUCCCUGCCCUCUUUUUCUCAGCAUUGAAUAUACAUGAUCACCAAAUGCCUAAAAACAGAGAAUUUUCCUUAGCUCUUUUUGUCUUGCAUUUAUGGACUAGGUCUGCCAAGAACCUUAAGGAAUAUUCUUUCCUUCUUGAAUUGUGUGUCCCAUACUCAAGGGGUAGUAAGGUUGCCAACCUCCCUUCCCUUUCUAUCUGUUCUGCUGUGCUUUAAACAGCAGCCUGGAACACAAAACAAAUAAAGCAUCCCACCACUUUAUACAAGGAAAAGUUUUAUUUGUGUAACAGGUUGCUCUUAGAGGAAAAAUAGCAAGACAGUGGGGGAUACGUGGGCCAUGCUGUGCUGGGUUGUUUCAAUAGUUGCUUCUUUGAGCUGUCACCCAGGCAGCUUGUUUGAUAUCCAGACUCCUCCUCAGGCUGCUGAAGCCUUGUAUUUGCCACUCCCAGGUCCAUCGAGCAGGACUUCAGUAGAGCUCCAGCGACCCUUGACCCUUCUGGGUGUUUAGACAGAUAGGCACCUUCCAGCACCUAAAGAAGCAGCAACACCUGGAAUUCCCACCUGACAAAGAGGCUGGAAAAGACCUAAGGGCUUUUUCGGAGAUUGGA